GCCAGUUGAUCAGCCUCCGAGUGUCAGUUGGCACCGUGUGUCUCUUCCCGGUCAGGUCCUCCCUCAUCACACACGCACACAAACAUCACAGUGCAGCACGCCGCAACACGGAGGACGUCUUUUUUUGUGAAUAGAUUGAAUUAUUCCUCUAUAUCCCAUGGCUGGUGGCGUGAACGGUCGUUGGAUUUCCGAGUAGGUGUCGUGGAUCUUCUGAUGUGGUUUAGCGCAUGCUCCCGAGAGGUGUGCGCGGUUUCCGGCUGCGAUACAUCCAGGCCGGCUGGUGUUAUUGAUGCGACAGACGCUGCUGGUGAAUGGGAAACAGCAGCACAUCGGAGGACCGCUACCUUCCUCCCCACACCCUGGCUGCCGACUGAACUAGCCCAACGCUUAUUGUGGUGAUCCGCCCGCCAUCCAGAUAUACCAUAGGCCCUCUCCCUCGGCUUGGACGCGUGCAAGGGAGGAGUAGGGGGAGGAUGGAAGCGUUUUUUACUGAGGGGGCCCGUGUGUGGGUCAGGGAAAAGGAACAGCUGGUGCCCUCCACAGUCAACUCCUGCGGAGAUGGAACGCUGGUUGUCACCACGGACUAUGGCGAGGUGCUGUACCUGCAGACGGCGGAGGUGACCCGGGAGCGGGUGUACGCCAUGCACCCCAGCAGCAAUGAGGGUGUGGAGGACAUGUCCUGCCUGGCCGAGCUGCACGAGGCCGCCAUCCUGCACAACCUGCACCAGCGCUACAAGAAGGACAGCAUUUAUACCAACAUCGGCAGCAUCCUGGCGGCGGUGAACCCCUACAAGCAGAUCCCGGGUAUGUACGACCCGGACCGGGUGGAGCUCUACUCAAAGCACCACCUCGGGGAGCUACCGCCGCACAUCUACGCCAUCGCCAACGAGUGCUACCGCUGCAUCUGGAAGCGCCACGACAGCCAGUGUGUCCUCAUCAGUGGUGAGUCUGGGGCAGGGAAGACGGAGAGCACCAAGCUGCUGCUCCAGUUCCUGUCUGUAAUGAGCCAGAACUCAGCAGGGACCCCCCCCACGGAGAAGAGCACCCGCGUGGAGGAGGCCAUAGUUCAGAGCAGCCCUAUCAUGGAGGCCUUUGGAAACGCCAAAACUGUUUACAACAACAACUCCAGCCGCUUUGGGAAGUUCAUCCAGCUCCACUUCUCUGAGGGCGGGAACAUCCAGGGAGGCUGUGUGUUUGACUAUUUAUUGGAAAAGAACCGUGUGGUAAGGCAGAACCCUGGGGAGAGGAACUACCACAUCUUCUACGCUCUGCUAGCAGGAGCCACUAAGGACCAUAAAGAACAAUAUUUCCUGGGUGAACCCCCUGAGUCCUUCCACUACCUCAACCAAUCAGGAUGCAUCAAGGACAAAAGCCUGAACGACAAAGAGCUCUACAACAGUGUUAUGGAGGCCCUGAAGGUGCUGGAGUUCACGGAGGAGGAGAGCAGAGACAUGUUCAAGCUGCUGUCUGGAGUCCUGCAGCUGGGCAACAUCGAGUUCAUGACCGCCGGAGGUGCUCAGAUCACCACCAAGCAAGUGGUCAGUAAUGCCAGUGACCUGCUGGGUCUGGACUGCUUCCAGCUCUCUGAGGUGCUGACACAGCGCUCCAUCAUCCUCAGAGGAGAGGAGAUCUGCUCCCCCCUCACCAUAGAGCAGGCGGUGGAUUCCCGGGACUCGGUUGCCAUGGCGCUGUACGCACAGUGCUUCUCCUGGAUCGUCCGCAAAAUCAAUCAGAAGGUCAAAGGGAAAGAGAACUUCAAAUCAAUCGGUAUCCUGGACAUCUUUGGCUUCGAGAAUUUUGAGGUAAAUCGGUUCGAACAGUUUAACAUCAACUAUGCCAACGAGAAGCUCCAAGAGUACUUCAAUAAGCACAUCUUCUCGCUGGAACAGUUGGAGUACAACAGGGAAGGCGUCCAAUGGGACGCAAUUGACUGGAUGGACAAUGCAGAGUGCCUUGACCUCAUAGAAAAGAAACUGGGCAUGUUGGCUCUGGUCAAUGAGGAGAGCCGCUUCCCAAAGGGAACAGACUUCACCCUGAUGGAGAAGCUGCACAGCAGACACUCUACCAAUCCCUACUAUGUAAAGCCCCGGCUUGCAGACCAUCAGUUUGGCAUCAAACACUACGCUGGGGAGGUUCUGUAUGAUGUGCGAGGAAUCCUGGAGAAGAACAGAGACACUUUCAGAGACGACAUCCUCAAUAUGCUGAAAGAGAGCAGGCUGGACUUCAUCUACGACUUGUUCGAGAAGGUGGGCAGCAGAAACAACGAGGAGACUCUGAAGAUGGGCACAGCCAGACGCAAGCCAACUGUCAGCUCCCAGUUCAGGGACUCCCUCCAUUCUCUCAUGGGGACUUUGAGUGUGUCCAACCCUUUCUUCAUCCGCUGCAUCAAACCCAACAUGGAGAAGAAUCCAACCGUGUUUGACCCGGAAGUCGUCAUAAAUCAGUUGAGGUAUUCUGGGAUGUUGGAGACGGUGAAAAUCCGUCGCGCUGGAUUCCCCGUUCGAAGGACUUUUGUAGACUUCCUCUCACGGUAUAAGAUCAUCUCCAAGAACAAGGUGUCCACGGUCGGAGAUGAUAAGAAAAAAAACAUGGACCUUCUGACCAAAUAUGACAAGACUAAGAAAGAGUGGCAGAUUGGCAAGACCAAAGUGUUCAUGAAGGAGGCCCUGGAGCAGCGUCUGGAGAAGGACCGCGAUGAGGUGCGCCGGGCCGCUGCCAUGGUGAUCCGCGCCCACCUGCUCGCCUAUUCCGCCAGGAAGCACUUCAAGCAGGUCCGAAGCAGCGUGCUCACGCUGCAGAAGCACUUCCGCAAGCACAUCCUGCGCCGGAGGUUCGUCAGGCAGCGCAAGGCGGCGCUGGUGCUCCAGAGACACCGGAGGGGGCAGGUGGCCCGCAGCCGCGUCCGCAAGAUCAGAGACGAGAGGAAGAGGCUGAAGAGGGAGGAGGAGGAGAAGACGAAGAAGAAGGAGCAGCCAGAGGCAAAGACAGAAGGAGGAGAAGGAGGAGGAGGAGGAGGAGAAGAGAAGAAGCAGGAGGUGGCUGGAAAGGGAGCAACGAAUGAAGAGGAAGGGGAAAAGCCAGAUGUGGAGACCCGCCAGAUGGAGGAGAUCCUGAAGCUGGAGCGGGAGAUCGAGCGGCUGCAGAGGAAGCGGGAGGACGGCGUGUCCCUGCUCUGCGAGUCCUCCAAGCAGGAGCUGCAGCUGCGCCGCGACGCCGAGAUCAAGCGCAUGAAGAAGGAGGCGUCCCGCAAGGCCACUGAGCUCAUCGACCUCCUCAACUUCGGGGGUCUGGACGCCGCCCUGGUGGACGCCGAGCCCAAGGCGCCUGACGCAGAGGUGAAGCCGGCGCCAGGGGGGGCGGGCCCCGCCACGGCCACGCCCAAAGAGGAGGAAGUGGACGAGGGCUUCCACGCCGAGGAGGAGUGCAUCCCACUCCCGGACUUCCCGCCUCCGGCUGAGAGCGACGCCCCCCUUGACGUGGAGAUCCUCGCCCAGCUUCCCCCUCCUCCGCCCGCCUUCGCCGAGGGAACCCUCGCCUCCGCCCCUCCCCCCGCCGCCGACGGCGUAGCGGCGCCGAGCCCGGCCGGCGCCCCCCCUCCCCCGCCCGCGCCCCCGCCCCCGGGAGACGGAUCGGGCGUUCCGGCACCUCCUCCUCCACCUCCUCCACCCCCUCCUCCUCCGACUCCUCCUCCUCUACCGCCGUCGACGGCGCCCCCGACCAAGGCGGACGGCGAGAAGAAAGAGGCGGGAAAAGCGGAGGAGGGGAGGAAGGUGAGCAUGGUGGAGAGCCUGGGCGACGGGGAGGAGCCUAUCUACAGCAUGCCCGCCGACACCGAGUCGGACUACGACCAGGAGGAGGAGGACGGCUCGGUGAACGCCGGCGACGACGGCUCCGCCUCCGGGAGCAACCGGGGCAGCGCGGCCCCCACGGAGGAGGAGGAGCACCCCAGGAAGUCGACGUGCACCAACGCCAGCGCCGAGUCGCACCGCGGCAGCUCCGACUCGUACGGGGACAGCGAUGACGAGCACGACGGCCUACUGGACACCGAUGAGGAGGUGGGCGUCGGCCACCGGGUCAGCAUCCUCAACGGGAACGGGCCGCCCUACUUCCACAGCUACCUCUACAUGAAGGCCGGUCUGAUGAUCCCCUGGAGGAGGCGCUGGUGCGUGCUGAAGGACGAGACCUUCAUGUGGUUCCGCUCCAAGCAGGAGUCCCUGAAGUCCGGCUGGCUGUACAAGAAGGGAGGGGGCCUGUCCACUCUCUCACGCAGGUUGAACUGGAAGAUGCGUUGGUUCGUACUGAGGGACAGCAAGCUGAUGUACUUUGAGAACGACAGCGAGGAGAAGCUGAAGGGGACUAUCGACAUUCGGGCUGCAAAGGAGAUCGUGGACAACCACGAGAAGGAGAACGCGCUGAACAUCGUGACGGAGGAGCGGACCUACCAGGUGUUCGCUGAGUCCCCAGAGGACGCAGGUGGAUGGUUCAAUGUGCUCAGUAAGGUGCGAGUGUGCACUCCAGAGCAGCUGCUUGACAUGUCUCAUGAGCAAGCCAACCCCAAGAAUGCUGUGGGCACCCUUGACGUGGGUCUGGUGGACUCUGUGUGUGCGUCGGACAACCCUGAUCGACCCAACUCCUUCGUGAUCAUCACCGCGAACCGCGUGAUCCACUGCAACACGGACACGGCCGAGGAGAUGCACCACUGGAUCAGCCUGCUGCAGAAACCCAAAGGAGACGCAAAAGUUGACGGCCAGGAGUUCCUGGUCCGGGGCUGGCUGCAGAAGGAGAUGAAGACGAACGCCAAGAGCACCUCCCUGAAGCUGAAGAAGCGCUGGUUCGUGCUCACCCACAACUCCCUGGACUACUACAAGAGCUCUGAACGUAACUCCUCCAAGAUGGGAACCCUGGUGCUGAACUCCCUCUGCUCCGUCGUACAGCCGGACGAGAGGGUACACCGAGAGACAGGCUACUGGAACAUCGUGGUGCAUGGCAGGAAACACUCGUACCGCCUGUACACCAAGAUCUUGAACGAUGCCAUCAGAUGGACAGCAGCCCUACAGGGGGUCAUAGACAGCAAGACCCCUAUCGAGACCCCCACUCUGCAGCUCAUCAGAGACAUCAGGGAAAACAGCGUGAACCAAGAUCUGGUGGAGCAGAUGUAUCGGAGGAACCCGAUCCUGAGGUACACCCAGCACCCCCUGCACUCCCCACUGCUGCCCCUGCCCUACGGAGAGGUCCCGUUCCUCCAGAGGAAGCUGGGAUACGCCAGCCUCCAGGACGAGGCGGUGCGGGUGUUCAACUCCCUGCAGGAGAUGGAGACCCUGGGGGACACCGUGGCCAUCAUCCAGGGCAUCCUGCAGACCUGCCAAGACCUGCGGCCGCUCACCGAUGAGGUGUAUGCACAGGUGAUUAAGCAGACCAACCACGUGCCUCAGGAUAACAUCCAAGCCAAUAGGGCACACUGGCAUCUUCUCACCUGCAUGAGCUGCACCUUCUUGCCCAGCCGAGGUAUUCUCAGAUACCUGCGCUUCCACCUAAAGAGGGUACGUGAACGUUACCCAGGCACUGAGAUCGAGCGCUACGCUACUUUCAUCGGGGAGUCCCUGAAGAAGACCAAGACUCGUGAGUUCGUCCCCUCGCAGGAGGAGAUCGCCGCCCUGCUGGUGAGGCAGGAGAUGAGCACCACCGUCUACUGCCACGGCGGAGGCUCCUGCAAGAUCUCCAUUAACUCACACACAACGGCUGGACAGGUGGUGGAAAAGCUGAUCCGCGGCCUUGCCAUAGAGGAAAGCAGAAACCUGUUCUCCCUGUUUGAACACAAUCAGUGCACCGACCGAGCUCUGGAGAGCAGGGUCAUUGUUGCGGAUGUCCUCGCCAAGUUUGAAAAACUGUCAGGAAGUGAAGAGGAAGAUGAGGAGGGUGAGUGGAGGCUCUACUUCAAGCUCUAUUGCUUCCUGGAUGUAGAGAGCAUGCCUAAAGAAGGAGUGGAGUUUGCUUUCAUGUUUGAGCAGGCCCAUGAGUCUUUGAUCAGCGGCCAUUUCCCGGCCUCGGAGGAGAAUCUGCAGAACCUGGCGGCUUUGCGGCUUCAGUAUCUCCAAGGCGACGGCGCAGGCAGGGCGGGAUGGAGCCUGGGCAACGUCUAUCCAAUCGCGCGUCUCCGCCACCGCAUCAUGCACUCCACCAAGCCGGGGACAGGGGCCGGGCCGGGAGCCACGGGGGCCGGGGGGGCAGGGGUGGGGGAUGGGAAGGGGGUGGCCGGGAUCCAGGGGACCGUAGGAGGGGCCCCUGAGAAGCGUAGGACCCCCAGCUUCCUGGACGGCACCCUGAGGAGAAGCUUCAAAACGGGCUCGCUGAAGAAACAGAAGGUGGAGGAGGAGCAGAUGCUGGAGAUGUGGGUGAAGGAGGAGACCUCGGCCACCCGGGCCAACGUCCUGGAGAAGUGGACCCGUCUUCAGGGCCUGCCACAGCACCAGGCCAUGCUGAACUACAUGAGCAUCAUCAAGGAGUGGCCCGGCUACGGCUCCACUCUGUUUGAUGUGGAGUGUAAAGAGGGUGGCUACCCCCAUGAGCUGUGGCUUGGAGUCAGUGCAGACAAUGUCUCAGUGUACAAGAGGGGCGAGCCCAAGCCUCUGGAGACCUUCCGGUAUGAACAGAUCACCUUCUUCGGAGCUCCACAACCCUGCACUUACAAGAUCAUUGUGGACGAGAGGGAGAUCUUCUUCGAGACUCCCAUGGUUGGGGAUGUCGCAAAGAUCAUGAGGGCCUACAUCAACAUGAUAGUGAAGAAACGCUGCAGCAUCUUGUCUGUCUCCAGCGUCGGCAGUGCAUGGAUGAGCUGAGUGGUCGUCCACCAAUCAAAGCUCUCGGUUUCUUCAUCAAGCCCCACCACAGAGAGGCAUCAGAUGUUGCUCUCCUCAGGAUAGUGUGUGUUGGUGUUUUGCCAAAUCCUCGAGUCCAUGAUUGACUGAAAGUCGUCUUUUUCAAAAAUGCAAGAAGGUGGGAAAAUUAGGUCACCUGUCGACCCCCUGUGGCCACUGAUUAUAUUUGGAUAAAUGAUCAAUACUUUGGUGGACAAUAUGUCAAUGUCUAUUUAAGAAUGAGCAUGGAAAAAAAACAAUAACAGCUAUUUUAGGGCAGGUCCUCUACACGAGUCCCAUCCCAGUUGUAGUAUCUGCAUGUAGAUGUUCAAGCACACCCCAAAUGUCUCUGCUGUAAUGCUUUGUUUCUGGACCAACCUCACUAGUGACAAGCACAAUGAUUCUGACCCCAAAAUCUACCCCUCCUUCAUGUCCCGCUGUCCUGGAUCCACAAAGAACCCUGCUUAAGGGUUAUCAGCCCUACCAAAACCCUCAACUCCACCACACCUACCCAGCCCUACCACAACCCUCCACCCUACCAAACCUACCCAGCCCUACAGCAACCCUCCACCCUACCCAGCCGUACCACAACCCUCAGCUUCACCACACCUACCCAGCCCUACCACAACCCUCCACCGUACCAAACCUACCCAGCCGUACAGCAACCCUCCAUCCUACCACACCACAGCUACCCAGCCCUACCACAACCCUCAACUCCACCACACCUACCCAGCCCCUUCACUCUUGCUCUGUCUCUCUCUCUCUCACUCUCUCUCGUUCUCUUCACAUAUAUUUGUUGAUAGUGUUUGCAUCCCAUUUCUACUCUUUAUUACGUUUUAUUGCUGAAUUUUCUAUUGCUUGCGCUUUUCUUCUCGGGUUCUCUUUGCUCGUCUAUGUUAAUUUAUGUCCCUGGAAGCCCCGUCCCCCAUUUUUUAAAAGUCAAUCUCACUCCAUAACAUCAGCUACAUCAUCAUGUCUGACACGAGUCAACCAACAGGGAGUAUUAUUUGAGGGCUAAAUGCAUAACACUGAAUGUCCCCUUCCUACACACAGACACGCUUCACUUACUGUGUCGUGGGGACGUGGCUCCAUGUAACAUUGCCACUGUGUGGCCUCAAACUACUGGUUGGAGUGACUGUUGAAGUUUCUGAGUAGAGUUUAAGCAGAUCCACUACAUAGAGGACUGGGGAAGGGAAAUGAGUGAGGCCCUUCCUUGAUGAAUUUCAUAAAGACCUUUGUUGUGGUUUGAAACAGCAAUGAGCCAUGCUUUAUAGAUGAAAGCCGAUGGCGGAUGAUAUUCACAACAAUACCAUUAUUCAGAGUAUGACAGUACUCUUUUUCAUAUUUAUACCUAUAUAUAGUAUGUCCACAUAUUACCUUAAACAGUAAGCAUUAUCUUAUUAUAUUCACAUUUACACAUACGAUACAUGUAUGAUACUGUAAACUGAAACAUAAUUUUGUAAUGUAUAUCGCACACAUAUUGUAAGAGUUGUAUCCAUGUUGGUGACCCACUGUAAUAUAAAUGGAUGCCAUUAUAACUACAUAAUGUGAACGCUCUUGUAUAAAGUACAUGCAAAGGAAAAUAGUAAGUAAUUCACCUAUAUACGUUUUAAAAAAACACAGCAAUAUGCUGUGUGCUGGCUGUGUCAUCGAUGUGUCUCACUAUCACAGUGUUGUGACACACAUUUUAAACACAGAAGACGGCAGCCAUCUUGGUCGUAUGCCUUCGUAUGGGUACAGAGUUUCACAUCGUCCGGUCAGAGUUACAGCAUUAUCUUGUUAUCGUUAUUGAAGCCAUGCAAUACAACCACAAGAGGAUCCAUGUCCAUCUGAAUCUAGGCUGCCAUAUGUGGACGUUUUAGUUUCUUCUGUGAUUCAAACUAUGAUUCUUUCUCAGCACCCAUAAGUUCUCUGUUGUUGUUAUUCCCACUCCUCUGCUGUGUAUCCCCACCCCUUUAACGUGCAUUGUUUUGGGACUGACGCUGGGAUUGAGCGAGUGUAUUCAUAGUGUCAUGGCAAAGGGCGGGGACUGAUGGCAAUCUAUGGAAAUUGGGGAAGAAGAACAAAGAAUUGUGUUUGUUUGCAACAAAAAAAGAGAAGAAUAUGGGAGAAUUCACCUGAAUAAUAUUAAUGAGCGUUAUGUUGUGAUUGUUAUUUAAACAAAAAGGGGUAAAAGUAUGUAUGAGGAGGUAGGGAGGGAAAAGGGGUACUUAUUUAUACUUGUAUGUAUUGCAGUUAUGGUGUUGAUGAUGGGAAGGGGGAAAAAUUGUCAUAAUUAUGAAAUGAUUGAGUGUUAUGGAAGUUAUGGAAAAUGACUAUGAAGUUGUUCAUGCGGAAUGUCGUCAACAAUGCUUAGCGGUUGUGUAUUUCUUUGACAUAAGGUAAAAUAUACGUUUAUAUAUGUCCCAUUCAUGUGUGGCUGAGUUGACACUUCCACCCAUUGAAAUCCGAAGUAAAAUUUGAAUUUAGAGCCAAAACACAUUUGCCCUUAAAUAGGAAGACAUUCAACUGAAUGGAUCAAACCAACAGUAUUCAAGCUCAGUAUUAAUUGUGGUCUAUGUGAAGUGCCACAAGCCCAUAUGUUCCCCAUAUGGAAUAAGAGCGGAGUCAGAAUUAUUUGAUGAAAUCCUUAGAAUAUAAAAAAAGGGACUUCACGAGUAUGAUCAUUUUUAGAAGUCUGAUAAUCCAUAAGCCAAAACCUUUCUGAUAGUGAUACUGUGUCUGUCUCCCCCACCUAUUAUAUAUUUUGUCACUAUAUCACCCGAGUAUUAAAAAAAAGUUGCCAUUUGUUGUAGAAGUGUGAUCAGGCUAUAUUAUGGUUAAUGCUGUUGAACUGAAAUCACAUAUCUGACUAUUCUGAUCGCAAGUCUACGUACAAUAGCAACUUUAAUAACAGCAGGGUCCUUAUAUAAGCCGCAGGCGGCCAGAUGGGGCCUGGCACUCAUGUUCAUCUUAUUAUUAUCAUUACAUAGUGAAACGUUGUGCUUGUUUAAGAAGAAAAAAGAGAAAGAGAGAGAAAUGUUUGUUGUUCUUUGUAUUUGUAACUGGCUUUACAAAAUUAUAAUAAAUUAUUGAACUUUA